CCAGAUGUGGUGGACAUAUUUCAUUUGUUGAGUCUGAGCAUGGGUGAUGUAAAACCUAGUGCCGAACCGUCCGAAUUAGUCCCUCCAUCACUUGGAACCAUUCGUGAAAUUUUCGAUGAAUUCAAUGUGUGCGACGUCUCGGACGAGAUAUGUACACGUGUGUUGGAUGUACUGUAUAGUGGGUUACGUUCUUAGUGUCACCUUUUGUGUUCAGGGCACACUUGUGACGUUGUGGAGGAAUCUAGGGCAGUAGCGAAUCACACUGGACAUACGACUAUUGAAGAGGGUGAUAUGAAACUCGCCAUUGAAUCCAUUAGUGAUGGGCUUCUGUUCGCCCCACCACACAAGGAGCAACUACUGGCCUACGCGGAAAAGAACUCUAAUCCACUCCCCACUAUUCGGGUACAUCAUGGCUUGCGUCUCCCCACUGAGAGAAACAAUCUGACAGCACCCAACUACACUCUCGCCAAGCAGGAGGUGGAUACGGAAACAUCUCAGCAAAGAGUGACGUGUGAUUCUGUUGGUACGCGAGAGCCUACGACCGGCGUUCCACUGGUUACAGCAACCUCAACUCCACAGAGCCUCUAUCGGCUAUCAGCAUCUGGUACCACCAUGGGAGCACCUUCAACUGUUCGAGUCAUUGCUCCUGCUGGGAUUGCAACUUCAAUGAUUCGAAUACAGACAGUUCAAAAUGUGGCGCAGUUGGAAUCAUCUUCUCCUUUACGAGCAAUCCCUGUGGCCACAGUGGGCUCCAGCUUGACCACCGUACAACGUCGGUUCGCAGAUAUCCCAUAAUGCAGUGAACCUACAGGAGCUGAUCGAUUUUCUCUCCUGUUGAAUCUGUACAGCUUUUUAGAGAAGGUAAAACAUUUACACAGU